GAAGGGCGGGGACGGGGGUGUUUUUGUGUGUGAUUGUUGCAGUGUGUCUCGCACUGCGACUGAGGAGGAGGAGUGAGUGUGAUUGAGGAGGAUGAGUGAGUUUGAUUGAGGAGUAGGAGGGGCUAGCGCUGUGUCUAGGGCGCCACAAAUUUGAGUUGCUCGGUUUCCAUGGUUGCCAAAUUCCAUCCCUCGCCGGGUGGUGGGGAAGAUGAGGCCGUAACUGAGUCUGCGAAGAAGCGAACCCGGAAACUUAAAGAGCCGGGAGUUAGUAGCAGUGCUGAACCGCAUCGGAAGAAGAGGAAAAGAGUCGAAGAAGUCGCUACGGAUUCCGCACAGGUUAUCGAGGAUUUUGGCGCCGCGAGUGGUUCUGAAUCGCAUCUGAAGAGGAGAAGGAAGAAGAAGAAGCAAGACGAGUCUGCUUCCUCUGGUCCUACAUUGAAUCUCCAAGACGUUGAAGGUUUUGAUGUCGUCAGUGGAGGGGAUGUGUCGUUGAAGAAGAAGAAGAAGAAUAAGAAGAAUUCUACCACAACUUCCGUGCAGAAUGUGGUGCAGGUCGCUGAGGAUCCCCGUCCUAGUAGCGAUGGCGAAUCACACGGAAAGAAAAUGAAGAAAGAUAAAAAGGAAUCGAUUGCUGUGCCUGUUGUAGUGAAUGAUUCGCAAAUUGUCGAGGGUCAGGAGCGUGUUAUUGAUGCUGAACCAAAAUUGAGGAAGAAGAAGGUCAAGGAGUCUAUCUCCACGGCUACCAUAGUGAACAACUUCCAGAUUGUUGAGGAACCGGAGCCCGCUAGUGAUGCUGAACCGCUGAGAAAGAAGAAGAAGAAGAAAAAGGUGAUGGAGUCUGUGCCUACCCCUGGCACAGUGAACGGCACGCAGAUCGUUGAGGAUCAGGAGCUCGUUGAUGGCGCUGAACCACAGAGAAAGAAGAAGAAGACGAGGAAGGAGGCUACCCCGGAGCCCUCUACAUCAGAUCCCGAGACAACUUCUGAAGAUAAUGACCUUGUUAGUGGAGUUGAAUUACAGAGUAAAAAGAAGAAGAAGAAGAAGAAGAAGAAGAAGCCUACCACCAUAUUUCCCGAGUUGAACCCCACGAAGAUUGUUGACGAUUCUAGGCCCGUGACGGGAUCUGCAACAAAGACUAUUCUAAGAAAGCAGCAUACAGAAGCGGGCAAUGGUGCUGAACCACACAGAAAGAAAAAAGUUUCUUUCCAAUUACCUGAUCCGACAGAUGAUAUUCCGACAGAGAACGAACCCCCGAGAGAAGAAUCUGUAAGCGCAGAGUUUUAUAACUGGAAAAACGAUCGGACGCGUACUGAUUUAGUUUGGGGAGGGUACACUCCAGAGGAGGAUGGGGCUCUGAAGCAAGCCAUCUUUGAUUAUAUUCAGGAACAAGGCUGGACUCGAGAAGAAGGUUUAAAGAAGAUUUUGAAUUCGAGACGGAGCGAAGCAAAGGGUUGCUGGUUUGUUAUUCGAAAGUGUUUACCACAGAGAGAACUGAAGCGUCUCUACACUAGAGCACGUAAAAUACUCGCUCCUGGAACGCACCUUGGGAAAUGGACAUCUGAAGAGAUUCAAGCUUUGAUGGAGUUGCAAUCCGUGCAUGGCAACAACUGGAAAAAAAUAUCAGCAAUGAUCGGAAGGGAUUCAUAUUCAUGUAGGGAUAAGUGGCGCAUUACGAAAUGGUCUCAUACCAAAACAGGUUUGAAAGCAGGCGCGUGGUCUGCAGAGGAGCAACAAAAGCUAUGUGCGCUUGUUCUGAAGUCUUUACAUGUGAAAAGUCAAUUGGCCAAGAAUGGGCAAUUAAAAAAAGAUCACAGAGUGAUCCGUGAUGACAUUAAUUGGGAGUUUAUUUCUGAGAAAAUGGAGGGUCGUGAUCGUCUUUCAUGCAUGACUCAGUGGUAUAGAAAAAUGGCCUCAUCAUUGGUGACAUCUGGAGACUGGGCAAACGGUGAUGAUCAACUCCUCUUAGAGAGGCUGAUGGAGGAGUUCCCGUUGUCUGAGGAAUUGGUUGAAUGGGAUUCGCUCUUGAAACACAGAUCAGGAGAUAUAUGUAAAAGGAGGUGGGAGCAGAUGUUACGCUCUCUUGGGCGGAGUUCCGCAGUGCAGCACCAGCACUUCCUUGAGAAGCUGGAAAAUGUCACGAAAACGUUCGCCCCACACCUUCUGGACAAAGAGUACGAUCAACAGUUUGCUGAAGAAAUGCAGAAAGCAGAGGCUGCUGAUAAACCUGACGAUGAAGACGAGGAUGAGGAAGAAGAAGAAGAUGACGACUAGUUUCAAUCUUCAAAUGCGCAAACCUCCUUUUUAACCCACAUCUUGUAUCUUCGCCACCUUUGACUGACUGGAACGGUGCACACCCACUAUGAGUCAUUCAUUGUUCAAGGUCUUGAGUAGAGACCUUGGCACUAAGCCUGUAAUUGACACAGGGUGGAUCCGAAGACUAAGACAUGCUUGGCCAAGGAUUCCUGCCGCCGGCUAGUUAGCAAUAAUUCAGUAUAUUAUGUUCGUAGUAGCUAUGAAUGUGAAACUCUAGCAUAGUUUAUGCAGUUUUGUCAGUCAAGUUCCUUAUCCUGUUUAGUAAACGCAAUCGAUGCGUGGUGUCAACCUUAAACCCUAAACCUGUGUCCUGAUAGGGUUGGAUCCGUUUAACCAGAUUGCGAAUGUUGUGGGCAGAGAUUCAUCGUCUCUGUUGAGCCAUUUUUGGAACUUGGGGGUUACCUUAUUUUAAAUUCUUUACAUUCAAAAUAGGAAUGUUAAGGUUGACAAAAACGGAUGAAGGACUCUUUAAAAAGUAUUAUUGGUUAGUUAAGUGCUGAGUUUUUUUCUUUACCUGAGGAAUCUUUCAUUCCGCAUGUAAAACUACUGUAGGGAAGGAAGUAAGCUAUUGACUAUGGUCGUGGA